CUGAUUGCUUCAUUCAUGAAACCAAAAUCGACAACAACAUAUCCUUGAGUUUUUUCACCAUUUCAAAUUGUUUUAGUUUUUCGAUUAUCCUAAAUACUUUAUAAUCUUAUAUUCAUAUAUCAAAAUCAUAAAGUAAUGGCCACUUCAUCAUCAUCAUCAUCAUCAAACAUCAUGUUAUCAAUCCCGGAUAAAAAAACCACUCCGAUCGAUCUCUACCGUCCAUUGCGUAAUUACAUCGUCACCAAUUACUCACAACAACAAGCCCAAAAUCUAGAAGACGAUCUCCAAACUGUAAACACCCUCCGUAACAACCUCCUAACUAACUCCCUAAUUUCCCGCCGAGAUAAUCUCAUCUCCUAUUUCAAAUCCCUAACCGCCGUUCAAUCCAGAUUCUUUUUUUCUAGCGAUAGGAACACUCACGUGACGUUCACGUGGUACGAUGCUUUUAAAACCAGAAACAAAGCUUCACAACAGGACAUACAUUUUGAGAAGGCUGCUGUGUUGUUUAAUUUAGGUGCGGUGUAUAGUCAGUUAGGGUUAGGGUUUGAUCGGUCUACGGUGGAUGGGAGACGAGACGCGGUUCAGGCGUUUGUUGCGAGUGCGGGCGUUUUUGGUUAUCUGAGGGAGAAUGCGGUGGCGAGUGGUGGUACGGUGGAUGUUUCCGGUGAGUGUGUUGGGAUGUUGGAGAAGUUGAUGCUUGCUCAAGCUCAGGAAUGCGUUUUCGAGAAUAGCGUUGCCAAAGGCAGUAGUCAUGGUGUUUGUGCCAAGGUUUCGAGACAGGUGGGCCUCUACUAUGAGGAAGCCGCAGUUGCACUAAGUGUCGCACCUCUCAGUCAGCAUUUUGAUAAGACAUGGACGUCUCAUAUUCACUUAAAGGCAGCUUUAUUCUAUGCAGAGGCUUGUUAUAGGUAUAGCUUAGAGCUUCAUGAGAAAGAGGAAAUUGGGGAAGAAGUUGCAAGAUUGAAAAGUGGCAUCACCACGUUAAUCGAUGCCAAAAAGUCAGCUCCAUGGGGUGCUCCCCAGCAAAUACUUGAUGUUAUCAAUAAGCUUGAAACAAAUCUUAAUUCCAAUCUAGAAACGGCUAUGAAGGAGAACGAUAGGGUCUAUCUUAUGAGGGUUCCUCCAACCAGUUCGCUACAACCUCUCCCUGCAUUCUCUUUGGUCAAGUCAAUGGACAUGAGUGAUUUGUUGGAUGCCAGCAAGGAUACACUGUUUGCUAGUUUAGUUCCUGACAGUAGUGCCAAGGCGCUUUCAAGGUACACUGAAAUGGUUGAUGACAUCAUCAGAACUCAAACUGAGAAAUUACAGCAAGGUAGUGAGCUUGCACGAGUGCACCUCAAGGAAAUGAAUUUACCGGAUUCAGUUCUUGCUUUGGGAGGCCAUUCCGUCUUGCCAACUGCUUUAUGGGAAGAUGUAGAAGCGGUUCAAGUUAGUGGUGGUCCAGCUGGCUUGCAAGGUGAGCUCCAACAACUCCAAGAUUUGAGACGAGUGAACCAUGAAUUGGUGGUCCAGACCGAAGAGCUCCUCCAGAAAGAAGCAGCAGAAGAUACACAUUUUCGUAGCCAAUUUAGGACACGAUGGACCAGACCUCAGUCUAGCACUCUUACAAAGAAUUUAAUGGAUCGGUUAAAUAAGUUGGCAGCAAAUUUGAAGCAAGCUGCAGACAGUGAUGGUAAACUUGAACGAUCUGUUAAAGCCCACAUGGCACCCAUGUCUAUUCUAGAUACCCGCCCGAUAGAAUCUGCCCUACCAACUUUGGGAAGGCCGAUUAUGUCAUUAGAUGCCAACGAAGACGCUGUCGUUGGCGCCCUAAAGCAGAGCUUGAUGCAAUUGGAGACAUUGGGUACACAAAGGGCAGGUCUGGAAGACAUGCUUAAAGAUAUGAAGAGAAAGGAUGAUAUACUUCCUAAAUUGAUGGCUUCUAAUGGAUCAUACGAGGAUCUUUUCAGAAAAGAGAUAACAAAAUAUGAUCAUAUAUGUGAGGAAAUAUCUCAAAAUAUUCAAGCACAAGAGCAAUUAUUGUUUCAUAUUCAGUCUCAAAACAAUCAGUUUGCAAGCACGUUCAGCAUUGAGGACUACAGGGCUUCUUGUGAGAAAUGCUAUAAGCAGAUUGAGGCUGCUAUAGCUAAGUAUCAGGAAAUUAAAGGGAAUAUCAACGAAGGGUUGAAGUUUUAUGUCGCUCUACAGGAAGCCAUCACAAGCAUAAAGCAGCAGGCAAGUGACUUUGCAAUGACCCGAAGUAUACAAUGCCAUGACAUGAUUGAAGAUCUGCAGAGACAGAUAUCGGGUCUCAGUGUUCAAGAUGGUAGAAAUUCGAGCACACACAAUGACUCUUCCCAACCCAGGCCCGCUAUAAAUCCCUAUGUGCUCCAUCCUCAAACGCCUUAUUAUCAGCCACCACCAUCAGGAUACACUCAGCAACCACCUCCUUACAACAUGCCACCACCUAGCGGAUCUUCGUACCCACCUCAAACAGGCCAACAAUCGGGACCCAGUGGGUCCGAAUACGGCCAGCCCACUUACCUGGGUCGGCAGGGGUCAUACUACAAUGCACCAGGUCAGCAACCAGGAUCUUUCCCCAGGCCUCCGAACCAGAGUGGCUACUAUAAACAAUGAUUUGUGUAUAUAAUAUCUUAUUUUGGGGGUUCUGUGGUAUAUUUUUUACUUGUGCAUAUGAUGUGUAUAAUGCAACUGAAAUUGUGUUAAUUUAUUUGUUUGGUUUAUAUAGUACAGACACCCAAAUUAGUGGAUA